AUGAACCUCACCAAAACCCAAGAUAAUGAUGGGAUAGAUCCUUUUGAAAAAUGUAUCACAAUAGGUUCGGCUUGCAACCUAGUGUUCAGGACGCUUUUCCUCGACCAUGAAACUAUCGGUAUCAUCCCGUCUCACGGUUACCGACCUGAUGCCAAACAGUCUGUAUUGGCUUAUCAAUGGUUGUCCUACCUUGCGUUUGAAAGAUACAUUUAUAUUCCGCAUGGUCGGAAUAAGGGGAAGAAACAGAUAGGACCAUACAAAGUUGACGGGUACUAUGAGACAGAAGACGGUCGGAAAGUUGUUCUAGAGUUUCAGGGUGAUUUCUGGCAUGGAUGUCCAAAAUGCUUUUCUAAAAGCACGAUCAAUCCUGUGAAUUGGUUAUCCAUGUCUGAAUUAUACAUGAAUACCCUUGAAAAACAGUUAUAUCUUGAAUCAGAAGGUUAUCACUACGAAUGUAUCUGGGAAUGUGAUUUCAAGAAGUUGGAAUCAAAUCCAACAAUGAAAGAGUAUAUUGAUUCUUUGGAAAUAGCUCUACCCUUACAACCGAGAGAUGCUUUCCAUGGUGGACGCACUGAAGCAUUCAAAAUGUAUGCAGAGUCCACAGAAGACAAGCAUAUUCGAUACUUCGAUGUCACAUCCCUCUACCCCUACAUUAAUAAAACAGGAAAAGUUCCCCUUGGUCAUCAACAGAUUAUCACUGAAAAUAUUGAGGAUAUAAACAAUUAUGAAGGUUUAAUAAAAUGUAAGAUUCUACCACCAAACAAACUGUAUAUCCCCGUUUUACCAACAAAGUGCAACGGAAAACUUAUGUUCAGUCUAUGUCGUACUUGCAGUGAAACAUAUGACAAUGACGUGUGCCAACAAAGUGAGAAUGAUAGAGCCAUAACAAGCACUUGA